AGUCCUGGCUGUAUAUGAUAAUACGCAAAUAAACACCUGCGCAAACCCGGCAUAGAUAUUAAAACCAGGGUGAAAACAGCCUCAAUUGGGACCAGGCAUGCUCGACUCUCUCUGAGAUGUAGACGGCGCUGCGAUGGCAUGCGCAAUCAGAAGCAGAAAAUAACUACGCUUGUCCCAAAUGUAUUGGUGUUCGAGAAAUCGUAUCAAACUGAAAUUAAAGGGUUAUUUUAUUAACACAGUUAUCCAAUGUCGUUGCAAUGUCUAGUCGAAAAAGAUCGCUAUACUCGGAGGACAGAGGGGACCGCAAAAGGCACAAUGAAUCAAAACACGAUGUGGAAAAACUCAAGAAAUAAGCGACAAAAACUAAACCAAGAAGUGCAAAAGCUGAAGCAUGUGAAGACGGGCUGUUUUUUUAGGAAGACUACAAACCAGAGGACUAUUCCUGCUGAUCCAGGAAGUGAGGAUGCUCGAGACUUCCUGGCUCAGGCCCCCACCAAGGGGCUGUGGAUGCCUCAUGGGAAGGGAGUGAAAGUGAUGCAGUGUUGGAGAUGCAGCGUUAUAGACACAGGACAGGGGACCGAGAGUGUCCCUUCUUCAUCAAAGGAAACCAGAAGCUGGAGCAGUUCAGAGUGGAUCCAGCAGCUGCAGCAGCUCCUGCAGGAUGCUACCUCUUCCUCUGACAGCUCCUCCUCCACCAGUGAGAGCAAGAAGAGGAAACACAAGAAAAAGAAAGAAAAGAAGAAAAAGAAACACCACAAGUUCUCCAAAACCAGUGACUGUUCUGAGUCUGACUGAGCCGUUGGAACCUUCCUGGAUUGUUCUUGCAGGGAGAGGUAACGACACAACACUGCAGUGUCUGUCAGUCAGUGAGCAGCUACGGUGGUUCUUACCCAAUGGCUCAGUGUCGCUUCAAUGGUGCACUAUGAAGUGCACACAAGAUGACCCUCUUUGGUUCAGCGUUCCCUGCUGCCUUCCUUCCCUCCACCUUUAAAUAAUGCAUGACUUGUCCCAUCCCUCAUAUGGUUAAUGAGUUCAUUAGUCCUCUACUCCAUUAGAUCAUACCGAAUAGGAUCCUAUGGACGUGCAUUGUGAUUGUGAAUGUAGGGUCCCUCGGGAGAGGAACUCUAACAGCAUUGGUAAUGACAUGUUAUUUGUCACAUGCGCUGAAUAAAAUGGGUGGAGACCUUCCA